UCGCCUCUUGCCACCGCCCUCACAAUUCACGAGCAACAACGUCUCUCUCUCUCUCUCUCUCUCUCUCUCUCUCUUCUCGUCCUCUGCGCCUCUGCACGGCACGAGACAGGAGGAGGGCGAUGGAGUUUAUGGAGCCCAAGGACAUCGACUGGAGCAGGGUGGUGUCGCGGUACGUGCGCGACGAGACCUACGAGGGCAUCGUGGCCCCGCGCUGGGCCGACCUCGCCGACCCCAACGCCGGUCGCGCCGACGUCGACGAAGAAGCUUGGUUCUGCCGCUCCGAUUGCCAUCACCCGAAGACGGCCGAGGAUUUCUUCAAGCUAAGCCCCAGCCCCAAGGGCAAGCUGCUGCGAUCAGCGUCGGCCAUGCUGCCGUUCGGCGAGAGGAACGCCAAUGCCACCAUCCUCAGAGACGGCAAUAACAACCUGAAGUGGCGGGGCGCCGGCGCCGGCGGUGCCGUUCCCACCUCCACGUCGCCCAAGCCAAAGGCAGCGCACAAGAAGAGUUUCCAGGAGGACAGCGAGAACCGGGACCCUACGCUGGCCAGGCCGCCACCACCACCAGCGGCAAGUAGGCCGCCUUUCGGUGCCCCCCGGUGGACCAAGAACGCCAAGGAGGCCAUCAAGUCCAGUGCGGAGAAGCGGCCCGACAAUGCAGAGGAGGAGGUGCUGCUCAGCAAGAACACCACAUCGAGGCAGCUCAAGAGCACCCUCUCUGCGAGGAACCUGUUUUCCGGAAGGGAUAUACUUGGCCAGAUAUCGGAGUUCUACGAUGAGCUCAAGCGGAUGGUUGGCGGCAGCGGCGGCCGGCGUGUCUCAGAAAGCCUGGAGGAAUGCAGCUCAAGCCCAAUGAACGGGAGCGGUGUGGCGGAGAAGGUGGCUUGUGAUGGUGCCUCCGGUGAUCUGCUUCCCUCGGAGAUCGUGAAGGAGGUGGCAAGACAAGAAACAGUACAAAAGAGUCCAAGCCCGAUUUUCUGCAGGAAGGGAAAGAAGGUGGGGUUGAAGGUGGAAGCAGGGAAGCAAAGGUCACCCUCUGUGCUGAAGGAGGUGAAGGCAACACCGCCGACUCCACAGCGGUUUCCAUCCCCAUCGGUGAACCGCAGUAAGAAUGUUAAAGCUGGAGGGAUGGCAACGGUAGGCUCACCACUCAAGAAGCCACUGAAGGAGAAGGGGACACCCAGUAAAGAUCUGGAGAACAAAAGAGAUGCUAUGAGGCAACCUUUUGGGGUUAAGGAUAUGAACAAUACAAGAGCUUGUGAUGCAGAAGGGAGCUCCAGUAGCAUAUUUUGGUUCUUGAAGCCCUGCACUUUCCUUGUGGACUAGCGACAUAAUAAGAAUUUUAUCCAAGGAACACUUUAUGUAGUUAGAAUCCAUUACUUCAUUCAUUUCCAAAUAUUCUCAGUUCCUAUUUGAUUUAUUCAUUUGAUGGACACCCUGUCCCGGAAAUAAACAAAAAGCAUAUGUAUAGUCAUACAAGCUGAGAGAGUCUUUCCAUAUAUAUAAUUCGAGAUAUAGCAAAAUGAUGUUGUUCUUCUGCUGCUUGGUUGUUUGACCAGAGAAACUGCAUUUUUUUCUUCUUGAAUUUAUAUCCUGAGGUGAUACAAAUAAAUGCUUUGUUUGAAUGUUGUUGCCCCUCUCCUGCUACUUAUUAGCAGCUGUACAAAACU